AUGGACCUUGAUCUCUGGAAAACUCGUAAACGAAAUUUUCGGCAAAAUCGGAUGUAUGUUGUCGGAGAUAAUUUCCUAGAUCUACACAUAGAAAAUCAAGACGGUCAUCUAUUUACAAAAAUAUAUCAAAAGUCAUCUUAUGAACCUUAUUAUCUACCAUUUACUAGUAUUCAUCCUUUACAUAUGCAGAAAAAUAUACCAUUUGCUAUGUUAUUAAGAGCCAUUCGAUAUUGCUCAACAUUUGAAGCAUAUUUACAUGAAAGAGAAUCCUUACGAGUAGCCUUAUUACUUAACAAAUAUCCUGAGAAUUUGACAAGUAAUCAAUUUAAUCAUGUCCUGUUAAAAUUUAAUAUUGAUCAACCACUUAGUGCUAAUAGUUAUACUGCAUUACGUGAAAAGUUAAUUCAAUUCUCCAUUCAAGAUAUAACGCCAACCGAUCAUAGAAAAACGAUAUUUGUUCACUUUGCUUAUUCUACAAGUAUGCGAACAUUCCCUGUGAAAUUCCAUACCUUAUGGCGUAAAUAUUUUGAGUUAUCUCCUAUUAAUGAAAUUGUGCCAGUCCUUGGAACAAGAAAUAUUGACAAUCUACAAAGACGUUUAAUAUAUACUCGACAAUUAUUAAUUAUCGAAAAUGAAUAA